AUGGAAGAAAAUUCCUACUUUGAUGAGGUAGAGAAGCUGCUGGAAAAUAAAAGUAAGAUUAAGGAGGAGGAACAAAAUGGAGUUGCACAAAAUAAUGGCAGGAAAAAAAAGGAAUUAAAAAAAAGGGCAGCGAAUGGAGAGUCGGCGGACAAGCCCGGUGACAAGGAUACAGUGGAGAAGGACCAAAAGGAAAAAUAUGGAAAUGGUGGAGAUCAUAACGAGGACGAAAAUAAUGACGAGUACAGCACGCGAGAUGACGAAUUCGUUUUGAAAAAAAAUUCCCAUAAGAAGGAGUUAAAUGGGGGAAGGAGAAGCGGGAAAGGAGGGAAAAGUGACCUGCCGGGUGGAAAACAUAAAUCCAGGCAGAAGAGGAGGGGAAGCAAAGGUGGAAGGAGUAGUGGGGAGGAGAGCACAGGUGGAAGCGAUGUUACAAGUGAAGGUGGCAGCGAAGGAGAAAGCGGAGAUGAGGCCCCGAAUGGUCGUGCGUAUGUUGGCGGGCGUGGCAGUGCUCGCGGCAGUGGGGACAGGCGGAACGAGACUAAGGCGAAGAAGAAUUGCUCUAGGGAAGCAGAUCGGGCCAGCGGUAACGAUAGGAAGAAAAAAAACAGAGUGAAAGACGCACCAAGUGAUAGCAGUGUGGAAAAACGCAAAACGUUUUCAUCGGAGGAGUCGAGUAGUGAGCACAAAGGAAGAAGGAAGAGACAUAAAGGUAGGGAUAGCCCGGCCAAGUCGCGCAGGGAAGUGUCCCAGGCGAAGUCUGGCGAAAGUGGUGACGAGGUUGAAUUGGAAGGAAAGGAGCGAAGUAAAAAAAAGAGUGCCGUGGCGAGAGGAAGAAGGAGAAAAGGUCACGAGAAAAAGGACCAGAAAAAAAGGGCUAGGCAAAGUGACUCAGAGAACGAAGCAGAAACUGACGGAGAGGAGACGAAUGGCGAAGACGCUAACAGUGAUGCGGAGAAUGGUGGCGAAGCGAACAGUGACGAAGCGAACAGUGGUGAAGCGAACAGUGACGAAGCGAACAGUGACGAAAUAAACAGCGACGAUGGUAGCGAGGGUGGAAGUGACGCCGCAAGGAGGAAGCGGAGGGGCAAAGUGAAAAGUGCUGCCAAGCGAAGUGACCUCAGGGGACGCAAAAGAAAGGCGAAAUCAGAGUCGGAGGAGGAGUCAAAUUUGUCCACAGAUUCGGAUCGUGGCGAAAAAGGAAGAAGAGGGAGAGGAAGGAGAAGCGGAAGGGGAAGCGGAGGAGGAAGCGGAGGAGGGGUUGUAAAGUCGGACCAGGAGGAAGAAGGCAACAGAGAAAUUGGCGAAAGUCGAGGCGAUCGAGAGAAGCAAAGGAGGAGACGUAGGAGGAGUCCCAGUAGUGAACGGGCUUCUGCUAGUAAAAAGAAAGGUUCCUAUCGAGAUGACAGCAAUGAUGAGGGUGACGACGCGGAUGAGGUUGGCGAGACGGAUGCGGGAGGCGAGACGGAUGCGGGAGGCGAGACGGAUGAGGGUGGUGACGAAUCCGAUGGGGAGCACUCCGGAGACCUAAAGGCAGAUGAAAGAGAUAUAUACGAGUUUUUCUCAGAGGUAGCUGGAAAGGUAAGGGAUAUUCAGUGUAUAAAAGAUCAGAGAUCAGGCAAAUCUAAAGGAGUAGCUUAUGUAGAAUUUUAUACCCAAGAAGCAGUGGUGAAAGCUUUAUCGGCUAAUGGCUAUAUGUUGAAAAAUAGGCCAAUAAAAAUACAGUCUUCCCAAGCGGAAAAAAACCGAGCUGCGAAAGCUGCAAAACAUCAGCCUAUUGACCCAAAUGAUAUUCCUAUAAAAUUAUACAUUGGUGGGUUGGUAGGUCCGCUAGGAAAUAUCUCGGAACAGGAGUUAAAGCAGCUGUUUAAUCCUUUUGGAGAAAUACUUGAAGUGGAAAUUCAUCGAGAUCCUUACACAGGGAAGUGCAAAGGGUUUGGGUUUAUUCAGUUUUUUAGAGCAUCCGAGGCCAUUGAAGCUAUGGGUGUUUUAAAUGGGAUGGAAAUAGCAGGUCGAGAAUUAAAAGUUAGCUUCGCUCAGGAUUCGAAAUAUAUCCUUGCAUCGGAGAAGGAGGCAAAGGACAAGCUGAUCGCACAGCUGCUAGCGAAGAAGGCGAAGGCUGAAGAAAAGGUCGAAGAGCCAGACAAUGAGAAAAUUGACAACGAUGAUGAUGACGGAGGUGGGCUCAUUGCCGGGGCCGGAAGUAAAAUUGCCCUCAUGCAGAAGUUGCAGCGGGACCCCAUCCUUGACUCGGGGAUAUCGAGCCAGUUCGCCACCGGCGCCAACACAAUAAUGCAGACAGCGCCACUCGCGACUGCCCAGCCCAACACCCUCAACAACAUCACUCCCAACCUGGUGCUUUGCAACAUGUUCUCUCCCAAUGACGAAAGCAUCGGUUCGGACCCAGACUUUUUCACGGACAUAAUUGAAGACGUUAAGGAGGAGUGCAGCAAGUACGGAAGUGUCACCAAGAUAUGGCUAGAUACAAAAAACAUCGAUGGAAAAAUUUAUAUCAAGUAUGCUAACAACGAUGAGUCUUUGAAGGCAUUUCAGUUUUUGAAUGGGAGAUACUUUGGAGGUUCCCUCAUAAAUGCUUAUUUUUUGACGACGGAGAUGUGGGACUCGAUAUGUGCCUAG